AUGAUUGCGUUCUCUAAGAAUAUAAUCGGGAAGCUCCUUCCUAAGAACUUAUUCUCUCAACGCCUUUUCUCGACAUUUAACCCGAAAGGGCCAACUAAGGAAAUGAACAUGUGUACCGCAAUCAACGACGCUAUGCACAUUUCAAUGGCCGAAGAUCCCACUACAUGUGUUUUUGGUGAAGAUGUUGCAUUUGGAGGUGUGUUCAGAUGUUCGGUUGGCCUUUUGGAUAGAUUCGGAGAAAGCCGUGUUUUCAAUACUCCAAUAGCAGAAAAUGGUAUUGUGGCUUUUGGGAUAGGCUUAGCAGCACUUGGACAUAACGCAAUUGCCGAAAUUCAAUUUGCUGAUUACAUAUUCCCAGCAUUCGAUCAAGUAAUAACUAUUGGUUAUAUAUCUAAUUUUAAUAAUUUAUAUCUCAUUAUAAUAAUUGUGAAUGAGGCUGCAAAGUUUAGAUAUAGAUCAGGAGGAGCAUGGGAUGUUGGAAAGCUUACCAUCAGGUCAACCUGGGGUGGAGUCGGCCAUGGAGGCUUAUAUCACUCACAGUCACCAGAAUCACAAUUUGCACAUGCAGCUGGCCUUAAGAUAGUUGUUCCCAGAGGUGCCUACCAGGCCAAAGGAUUACUUCUGAGUUCUAUCAGAGACCCGAACCCAGUCAUAUUCUUUGAGCCGAAAAUGCUAUACAGACAAAGCGUAGACCAGGUUCCAGUUGAGGAUUAUCAACUGGAGCUAUCUAAAGCCGAAGUUCUAAAGGAAGGGAAAGAUGUGACGAUGGUGGGGUACGGCACUUCAGUAGGUCCGAUGAUGAAGGCAGCCAAAUUGGCUGAGGAAGAACACGGACUGAGCGUUGAGGUAAUUGACCUCCAGACAGUCUUCCCAUGGGACGUUGAGACCGUAGAACGCUCAGUGAACAAGACUAGGAAACUUAUAGUGACUCACGAGGCUCCCAAAACUCUUGGAAUGGGUUCUGAAAUCGCCGCUACAAUCACUGAAAGGUGCUUUCACAACUUAGAGGCCCCAGUAAAAAGAGUUUGUGGCUACGAUACUCCAUUCCCUCUGGUUUAUGAGAAGCACUACCUUCCAGACCAAUACAAGUUAUUAGAGGCGGCUAUCCAAAUGUGUAAAUAA